AUGUUGCGGCUUGCAGCCUCUCUUUUCUUCCUUGUCUUGACUGUUUCAGCUGGAGCUGUUGUUGAAGAAGAGGAGAAUGUGAUUGUUCUCACCAAGGUUUGUGAUAUUUUAGAGCAUUUUUCUUUCAAUGUGCUAUUGUGAAAUAUGAUAGCUUUUGAAAAUUCAGCGUUUUUUUCUAAUUUUCUUCCCUAAUAACACAUUUUUUCAGGACAACUUUGACGAAGUCAUCAAUGGAAACGAAUUUAUCUUGGUCGAAUUCUACGCCCCAUGGUGCGGACACUGCAAAUCCCUCGCCCCAGAAUACGCCAAGGCUGCCACUCAAUUGAAAGAAGAAGGAUCAGAAAUCAAGCUCGGUAAACUCGACGCCACCGUUCACGGAGAUGUUUCAUCCAAGUUCGAGGUAAGAAAAUGGCCUUGAGAUGACAAAUGACCCUGACCGAUUUGUUUGAAGAAAACACCGUGAAAAGUAGAUAUUUAUCCUAAAAGUGUAUGUUUUUCAGGUCCGUGGAUACCCAACUCUCAAGCUUUUCCGCAACGGAAAACCACAAGAAUACAACGGAGGACGUGACCACGAUUCUAUCAUCGCCUGGUUGAAGAAGAAGACUGGACCAGUUGCCAAGCCACUCAAUGAUGCUGAUGCCGUUAAGGAACUCCAAGAAGCCGCUGAUGUUGUUGUCAUCGGAUACUUCAAGGUUGGUUUAUUUACAGAAAUGUAGCAGAACUCUUCAUCUAAAACCUUGUUUCUUUGCAGAACGCCGAAUCUGAUGAUGCCAAGGCUUUCCUCGAAGUCGCCGCCGGAAUCGAUGAUAUUCCAUUCGGAAUCUCAACUGAAGAAGCCGUCAAGAAGGAGAUUGAACUCAAGGGAGAAGGAAUCGUUCUCUUCAAGAAAUUCGAUGAUGGACGUGUUGCUUUCGAUGAGAAAUUCACCGCUGAAAACAUCAAGACCUGGAUCCAAGCCAACCGUCUCGCUCUCGUCUCUGAAUUCACCCAAGAAACCGCCUCAGUCAUCUUCGGAGGAGAAAUCAAAUCACACAACUUGUUGUUCGUCUCCAAGGAAUCAUCCGACUUUGCCAAACUCGAAGGAGAAUUCAAGAACGCCGCCAAGCAAUUCAAGGGAAAAGUCUUGUUCGUCUACAUCAACACUGAUGUCGAAGAAAACGCCAGAAUCAUGGAAUUCUUCGGAUUGAAGAAAGAAGAUCUCCCAGCCAUCCGUUUGAUCUCACUUGAAGAAGACAUGACCAAAUUCAAGCCAGACUUCGAAGAAAUCAACACUGAAAACAUCGCCAAGUUCACCCAAUCCUACUUGGACGGAACCGUCAAGGCUCACCUUAUGUCCGAAGAUGUUCCAGAAGACUGGGACAAGGCUCCAGUCAAGGUUCUCGUCGGAAAGAACUUCGAACAAGUGAGUUGAUCGCAUUAGACUUCUGAUUUAAAUAUUAAAUUUUUCUAGGUUGCUCGUGAUCAAACCAAGAACGUCCUCGUCGAAUUCUACGCUCCAUGGUGCGGACACUGCAAACAAUUGGCCCCAACCUGGGACAAACUCGGAGAGAAAUUCGCCGACCACGAAAACAUUGUCAUCGCCAAGAUGGACUCAACCCUCAACGAGGUCGAAGAUGUCAAGAUCCAAUCUUUCCCAACCAUCAAAUUCUUCCCAGCUGGAUCCAACAAGGUUGUUGACUACACUGGAGAUCGUACCAUCGAAGGAUUCACCAAAUUCCUCGAGACCAACGGAAAGGACGGAGCUGGAGCUUCUGAUGAAGACAAGGCUGAAGAAGAAGCCGAAGAAGAAGGACACAACGAACUUUAA